CAACCUAACUUCUUGUACACAGGUUCGCCGACUACUUUGACCGUAUGGAAGAAGUUUGCCAUGGCUUUGGGUUUUGGUAAAGCUAAUAUAAAUAGAUAAAUUUAUUUAUUCAUUUCCCAAUUCCCACAUAAACGUGAGCGGAUAGUGGUGUGCGUACAGUUUUUUACUUCUGCAAUUGCGAGAAGAAACGAGCCGGUCAAAAUCCAAUGGAUUUGGAAACGGUGAAGAAAUACUUGGAGAAAGGAGUUGGGGCUGACGGCGAUGACAAGAACGCCUCAACCAUCAAUGGUAUGCCUUCUAGAUUCUUCGAAAACUUCAUCAUGCAAGGUCUCCAUGUUGACCAAAUCGAAAAGGGUCGAGUUCUUUGCUCCAUGAAAGUCCCUCCUCGUUUGCUGAACGCUGGUAAUUUCUUGCACGGUGGAGCUACUGCAUCACUGGUGGAUUUGGUUGGAUCAGCGGUUAUUUACUCCUACGGAGCUAGUACCAGUGGAGUUUCUGUCGAAAUCAGUAUCACUUACUUGGAUGCUGCUUAUGUUGGCGAGGAAAUCGAGAUAGAGGCUAAGGCAUUGCGUGUUGGGAAGACUGUUGCCGUUGUCACGGUUGAGUUUCGGAAGAAAAAAACUGGGAAAAUCAUUGCGCAGGGGCGUCACACUAAGUACCUCACCGUCCAGAGUAAAAUGUAAAUGAUAUUUCUAUCUGAACUGUCUUCAUACGCAAUUCCUUAGGUUAGCAUAAAUAUUUACACACUCACCACUUUCUUUUUAAUAAGUAAAUUUCAUUUGAAAUUUCUUGCCUGCUCUUCAUCUGCAGUGACUUGUAAAAGUAUUUGGUUGUGUAAAACUGUGUGUUAGCAUUAUAUCUAGAACUUGAUCCAGCUCCAAAGGACUUUGACAUCUUCCCUGGUUGAUAGUAUAUUUAAAUUCUCUUUAUAGUCUAACUUCGGGUAUUUAGCAGAUAGGAAUAACCGGUGGAUAAUGCUAUUCAGUUCAUAUUCAAUUAACUUAAUGUGGAUUUGAAUUUUAAAACAAGUAUGCAGACUUAAAUUUUAAUUUUAUGAAUAUUACAGGUAUUCAUUUCUUAUUAAAUAUUGUUCACAUGCAACAUAAUGUCAAUAAAGAUUUUGUGGCAUCAGCACCAAAUAUUCAUAAUUGAGAUUUUCCUUAAAUUGCAGUUCAACAUAUUUAAUUUUAAAAAGGCUUAAUUCACCAAUUGCACCCUAGAUCAUAUCUCUUUUCUAAUUUGGUAUCUAUACUAAUUUUUUUGGUCUAAAAUAUAUCUCACUCUAUUUAUUUAUAUUUCAGUUUUGACUUUGAGACCCUAUAAUCUAUUCUUUAAAAUCGUGUAUUUUCUCAAAUCUGAAAUUCUUUCCCACUGUUUUCCAAAACGUAAAAAUUGGGUCACCAAAGUACUGUGUAACAUUGAAAUUGUUCACUUAAAAUUUAUUAAGCAUCUAAAAGUGGUAAAAGCUAUCAUAAAAGUCUUUUUACUAAAAGUAAUAUUGUAUUUUGUCCUAUUUACUCAAAAAAUGAGCAAACUAGUCCUUAUAAGUUAGAUCAAAGAGUAAAUUAGUCCUUUCUAUAAAAAAAUUUAUCCAUUUUUACUGUUAAAAACUAGCGUUACUGACAGAAUAAUCAAACAGUUACAUGUGGCAUGACAUGCAAUGACCAAUUUUUAAGAGAAUGAUCAGUUUACUCUUUUGAUUUGAUGUACAUGAACAAAUUUAACUAUUUUCUAAAUUAAGAGAAUAAAAUACAAUCUAACUCUUAAUACGAGAACCUUUAUAAUACUUUUGUCUCUAAACAUUAUCCAUUUAAAACUUAAAAAAAUGUCCAACUUACCUUUACAGCUUGUUUGGUUUGGUGUAUUAGCUAAGCCAAUACACCCCUAAUCGGUGGGUCCCACCUAAUACCUCUCUAACACGUCGUUUAGUUUGAUGUAUUGGUAAUACGCAUCUAAUCCAUUACCUUCUUAAUCGGUGAAAACCACCGAUUUCUAUUCCCCCCUCUUUGCCCAGAUUAGCUACCGAUUGAGCAUCACCUCCCUGAUUUGCCCUCCCCCCAUCCCCUUGUUUCUCUUCUGUUCCUUCAUCCGAUUUCCUUCCUUAUUUCUUUGCUUUUGUUUUCUGCCGAUUUCCUCCCAGUCCAUUAUGCCUCUUUGCUGCCGAUUUGUUCCCUCCGUUUCCUUUCUUUUCUUUUUCGCUCUGCCACUCUUUCGAUUGCCUUCUCAACCAGUCGACCUUCUUCUUCUCAACCAGUGAAACCAAAAAAGCCGACGAUAUCCCCACUGUCACCGUAGCCAUCGCUGGUUCCAUCGUCGACAACGCUCAGUCUCUCGAGCUCGCCACUCGAUUGGCGAGUUAAAUUGCUCAUGCUGCUACUAUUUUUCGGAUCAAUGAGUUUUUUUUAACCUAAUUUCUUAUUUGUUUAAUGGUCUAAUUAUUGUUUUAGGCCAUCUAUUAUGCUGAAAUUUGGGAUGUUGCCUCCACUUGAUGCUUCACAUCAUCUGCGUAAGCAUGAGUGGGCUCCCUACCGGGAAGCCCUGUAUAUGGUUGCUGUAGAAAGACAAAGACAGAACAGAGAUCAAAUGAUGGCAGAAAGUUUAAAGGCCAUGGAAUCAGAAGGUAGUGGUGAGCGAGUUUGAGCAUUGACAUGUUUAAAUGUUCAUAGGUUACUUAUAACAAACUUGCUAAUGAGCUUCCCCAACACUUCCUUGUGUUCUUACCUUUUGUGUGGAAGUCUUGUGAUGUGUGGGUUGCAAAGAUUUUUUUUCACCUAUGGUAAAUGGUAAUAAUUUGUUUGUUGUUGAGUUUCGAUGGAUGAAUAUCUAAGACUGAUGAUGAAUGUUCCGCUUUGAGAACGAAAAAUAAAUGAUCAUCCGCCCCCUUUGUUGGGCUAUCGAUCUUUUGCAUCUUGGUAUUGCAUAGAAUUGUUAGAAACUCUCAAAGAAUACAAACUCGUAAUGUGGCAAUGAAAAUAAAAACCAGUAUCUUUUGAGAUGAUCCUAUCUCAAUGUCUGUAUUCAUUUGAGCUCGUUCUUAGCCACAGCCUCAAACCAUUAGUAAAUGCCAGAACUGUGUCCUGCAGUCCCCCAUGGAUGAAGUUGUCUUCCUCCUAGGAGAGUUUAAUAUAUUUACUAUUUACCAUUUUCAUAUGUUUGGAAUGUAAGAAAAUACAAUGCAAGCUCAUGCAAAUAUAAUAUUUAUGCAAUUAACAACCACAAAUUAGGAGAAUCAAUUGUAAUAAACUUCAUGAAAUCCUUUUCUUUGUUUACAAUUCGUGCUACUACCUACAUGUUAGAAUCUGUGAAUCUGUGAACCUAUGAAUCUCGUUUCUUUGGUGAGGAUGAACCAGAGGGGAAUCCAAAGAAAACCGUGAGCUUAUAAGGAAUAUAAUUCAAGCACUUCGCAUAUGAUUUCCUCAUGCAUUCAGUUAUGCAAAGCCCAAAUAUUAUUAAUAUUUCACUUUGUUGUUCUCUUCUCCGUAUACCUGCAGUUAUUAUUAGACAAUUACUGUGCUAUUGUGUCAUUCUCUUAUAACAGACACAGUCACAUAGAUGAUCUUUGUAAGUCAUCCUUCUGAAAUCUAGAGAUAGUCAAAUGGGAAAGAGUCGUAGGCAGUCUAAGAAGAGGUGUACAAAACCGACUCAGAGUUUCAUUAGAAACUGCCAAUGGUGCGUCUGGAUUUAACCUUAGCUACUGGUUGCAACUCUAUGUCAUUGAAUGUACUAUUGCGGGGUUCAUGCGUAUCAAUCAAAUGGUGGUAAUCUUCCUCGACUGAUGUUAUUGUGUUUGUAUCUGUCAUUAUGAUUGAGCAUGUUUCUGUGUCUAUGUUACCGUUGCAAUGGGAACUAACCAAAACUUGGAUUAUGGUAAUAAAAUUGUUCUUAUACUAUUUCAUGUUUCAUGUUUCAUUGUCAUGUAAUUGUUUUUCUGAAUUGUUUUUCUGAAUUUAGCUGAUUGCAUUGAUUGUUUUAAUUCAUAGGAUCAGUGAUGGACAUCAUUCAGCUUCAUUGUUUAGUUUCUGGCAUUGGUGCUCAUGACAUAGGCAGAUUGAACUAAGAUCUUGAGGCAGUACUGCAACUUGUCAACAAAUAUGCCUUCUGGUUUUUGGUGCUUUAGAGGAAACAUGUGCUCUUGGCAAUUUAGCCUUCCUGGAGAGAAUUGGCAGAGAUUGCUUUUUCCCUUAACUUGUGGAAUGGACACAUGAAGUUGGAGGUUAUUUUCAAUGGCAACUUUGGACAGUAUUCGUUUUCCUGCUAGAUUGGUGAGCUAUUUUGUUUGAAGUGAAGAAUCGGUUUCAUGGAAGGCCAAUUGGAGUUGAGAGCAGGGUGAAAGAGAUAUUGUAUCGGCUUGAAUUUCUUCUAUUGAAUGCUUGCUUUAUAUUUUUAGUUGAAGUGAGAUAUUGAGGCAGUACUUCCGUUUAAUUCAGAAUUGUUGUAAAUUCAAUCGAGUUCUUGAUGAUAAUUCGAUAUGGUUAUGUUUUUUUUA